AUGCAGCCUCCCUUGCAGUUCUUCCUUCUCUUACAGGCAUUGCCGGUACUAAGGGCAUCGGCCAUCCCAGCCGACGGCAGCACCCUUGACAUCCGGAGCAAGCCGCUUUCUAACGAGCCGUUUAUCAGACCCGAUGCAGAUGCAGAUGCAGAUGCAAAUGAAGCGGGCCGUGAUGGCUGUCCGAGCGUAUCAGGGACGGCAGCGGGCCUUCUUGGACGCACCCCAUCGCCAUCCCAAUCACUUUCAUCACCCGUGUCGUCAUCGUCAUCACCGUCAUCGUCGACGUCAUCAACAGGAAUGGCCUGCAACAACUCGCCGUUAUUGUGCGGCCGUAGCUACAGCAGCGUCACUCACCUCGGCGCUCACGACAGCGCUUUUCUUCGCGACUCACACGAGCUCAGUGCCAUCGCCGGUGACCAGUUCUUCAAUGCAACACUGGCACUUUCGGCCGGCGUCCGUCUGCUCCAGGCCCAGGUGCAUGUUUUGAACGGCACCCUCUUUCUCUGCCACACAAGCUGUGGCCUGCUCAACGCCGGCCUUCUGGAAACAUGGCUGGGCCUCAUCGCCCGAUGGUUGGACACCAAUCCGCACGAUGUCGUGACGCUGCUCCUCGUCAACAGCGACAACCAGGCGGCGGCGGUGUUUGGCCGCAUUUUCCAGCAAGCCGGCCUGUCCAAAUACGGCUAUGCGCGCUCGGCCAGCCAACAAGGCGCCGCGGGCUGGCCGACGCUGCAAGCCAUGAUUGCCGCCAACACUCGUCUCGUCACGUUUAUUGCCUCGAUUGCGGCCGACGCAAGCUACCCGUACCUGCUCAACGAGUUUGACCACGUCUUUGAGACGCCCUACAUGGUUACGAACCUCGUUCAGUUCAGCAACUGCUCGCUGGACCGUCCGCCCUCAGCAGGAUCGGCGGCGGCGGCCUUGAGGCGCGGCAUGCUGCCACUGCUCAACCACUUUGCCUACGCCAAGGUCAGCAGCAGCAUCCAGAUCCCGGACGUCAGCGACAUUGACGUCACCAACAGCCCGGAUACGACGGGGACUGGCGGCGGCAGCAACGGCGGUGACGGCAUCUCGGGCACGCUGGGCGCGCAAGCCAACCGGUGCACAGCGCAAUGGAGCGGCACGAAGCCUGCGUUUCUGCUCGUCGACUUUUUCAACCGCGGACCGGCCAUCACCACGGCCGACAACCUCAACGGCCUCACGGCGGCGACGACGGUGGGCCGGACGAUCACGCAGGAGAUGCAACAGGGCGCGGCCAGUCGGAGCACCGGCGUGGCCUUGGCUGUCCAAAAGGCUGUUUUCUGGAGGACGAUGGCGUUGGUAUUCGUGGUGGGCGCAUCCCAGGCAUUGUAG